AGUAUGGACCCAGAAGAAGCACGAACUGCUUGGGAAUCAUUAGACCUGGCAUUCCAUAUGUCAAACAUACUUGACACGGGUUUGGAUCGUCACACUCUUUCUGUUUUAAUUGCACUGUGUGACCUGGGUGUCAAUCCGGAGGCACUUGCUGUUGUCGUCAGGGAACUGAGAAGAGACAAGGCUUCCCCAACUCAGCCAUCAUCCUCCCUGCCCGCACAACCAUCAUCUCUGCCCUAAAUGAGCUUUAAUAUUCGCUUUUCUAUUUUGCCU